UCACUAUUGAUUUUAUCAUUGCAAGCCUGAGGGGUCCGUAUAAUCAACCUAUAAUUAUCAUGUUUGCCUUUAUUCAUCAACUUCCAUCCCAUGAAGGAGGAACGGCUGGAAAUGUUCUUGCAAAUAGGCUUACUGAGAAUUGGGAGUUUUUUGUGCUAAUGAUCAAGUCCCGUGGAACCCAAGUCCCAGCCUAUGUUGUUGCUAAAAAAAACAGCUCUGAUCAAAUCUUAUUGGGUAUAGGUGCAGCAUAUCAGUGGACACAUGUAUCCAAUCAAGAACAUUUACUGUACAUGGUUGUAUGAAUUGAACAAAUUCAACAUUAAUGCUCAUUAGAAACUAGAGAUAGCUUGAGCGGUAGUGAGGCCGCCCUUCCAUCAGAAAAAGCCUGUAAAGUUGUCGGCCUCGAAUAUUCUUCAAUCCUAGCCCCACUGUCUCGAAGCUCAAAGAAGCGUACAACAACAGCAACUAUUAUCUUGAGCUCUA